AUGCUUUUUAAUAGGAGCGCAUCCAGACGUGCUGAAGGCACGAGCCAUUGCCACUUUCCGCGAUGCUACUUGCAGAAGUCAGUCGCUCUGCUUCAACAAGGGAGACAUAAUUGGGGCAUGCGUUUUCGUCUCCUCCUUCUUCUUCCACAGGUGUUCGCUGACUCCAUAACCUCGAAGGAGGACGCAGCGUGGUGGCGUGGUUUUCGCUUUGCCAGCGGUCCCUCAGGAGGUAUCGGGAUGUUUCCCAGUUCUCAUGUCACCCUUCUACCACUGCACCCGCCUCCUCCACCAUCCACACAGAAUGAGAGACAGAAGAAGAAAACGGACUUUUCUACUCAAACUGAUGUUACAUCGAGUUCUUCCUCCUCCACUGAAGACGAUGGAGAAGAUGAUGAAAAAGGUGCACCUUUGAUUUCGGAAGGUAUCCCAGUGACAUUUCCGCACUCCCACCAACACCUUCAACGAGUUUGCCCUACCAUACCGCUGUCCAUGAAUUCUCGCGUUCCUCCACCCUGUUUCCACCGAAUGACAUCCGUUACUUCUGCUUCCACCACCACCACCACUACUACCACCACCAACACCACCCUUAGUCAUCCCAGAGGAGGAUACCGUGCAGCUUCAGUGCAGCCAUGUGCCUCUUCUACCUGUUCUUCCACCUCCUCUGCCUCGUCUGCCUCAUCGGGUGCGUCCUCUUGCAGCUCCUGUGCCGCAGCCACCGUAUCCUCCGUAGCCGGUGUCACCAGCAGCUGCGAUCGAUCCCCAGUCGAGCUGCUCGUGAAUUGGUUGCUCUCAGCAGGAUUCUCAGACUACACUCCGUGCCUUGUUGCUGCGGGCUACGAUUUGAGCACACUGCGACGCGCAACGCCAGAGGACUUGAACGCUUGCGGAGUUACAAAUCCCAGGGACCGACAACAGCUGAGAGCACGUCUGAGCCGACUUCAGCUCCCUGAAAAUCUUCCUGAUCACAUCCCGGCCUGUGUGUUUGAGUGGCUGUCAAUUCUAAAUCUGACUAGUUAUUGGCCGGCCUUCCAGACGCAAGGGCUAACUACCUUCGAGAAGAUCGUCGUUCUAACAUGGGAGGACCUUGAAGAAAUCGGCAUCACAAAAUUAGGCGAGUCCUUAGGCCUGUUUUGCCAAUCUAUGAUACCACUGCCAAAUCUUCGUCCUUUAGGUCAUCAAAAAAAAAUUAUUUUGGCCAUUGAACGGCUUCGAAGGGCACUGUCAAAACGCAACGAAGAUCAGUCAGUAGGAACCGAUUCACUCAUUCGAAAUCGCCAAUCACAGCAACAGCAACAUCUUUCUUCUCCAAGCCACCCAGCCGCGCAACCUUUACCAAUAGAGGAGGAGCGGGAAACGAUGAUGACAGGAAACCUUGCUGAUCUCACGCCACCUCCCCCGCCGGGAUUUCAAGAUCCUCCCCACGUCGUCCGAAAAGCGUCUCUCGACUUUUCACCAUCCAGUGCCAUCAACCCGGGCUCACCCGAGCCUAGGCGAAUAACUCACCAUAGGCAUCAUUUCUCGACGAGUUUUCUCACUGAUAUAGGAAGAUUAGGUUCCAACGCUCUUUCUAGUGUCAGCGAUACAGGGGCCGAGGGGAGCACAAAAUCAGAUCCUCUGCCAAGGGUAGGGGCAUGUGAAGGAGAAGAAGUCGAAGCAGGAGGAAUAACAGAAGAAGAAAAGGAUUCCAAAAGCCAUCCGAAAGGGGUUCAACAGUCUUAUGGAGAGAGCUUUCCGUCUGUCAGGCAGCGGCAUCGAAAUGCUGUCGCGACCGCAAUCACCAUUCCUGGUAAGAAAAUCCUAAUGGCAUAA